AUGACUUCCGAGGUUCCUAAGUCCACCUCAACAAUCACUAUCACCGAGACCGAACACGCGGUCAGAAUCUCGGCCAGCGUUUUAAUAACGACGAAUCGCGCGGCCGAGUCCAUGGGAGAGCAAGCAGUAGUGGAGGAUCUGAUGGCUAAGCAGGCCUACAGGAUAGAGACAUCCUUUAUGGCCGCAAUGGACAGAUUCUCCUCAGAGCUACGGACGCUAUUUCAAGAGAGGAUGCCGGUAACGUCAUCCGUAACGCCUCCUAGAGCCAGACAGAGAAGCCAAGAGCACGAAAGGUUUGAGCCCUACGGCGAAAGCAGCAGCCUCGGCGUCUCUGGCGGCACCCAAGCGUCAGGCUACGACCAGAAUUCUCAGCCGCCGACAAAUAGCUGGGGGCAAUCCCAGCCAACAUGGGUAAAUCCCGGACCGACCUGCCCAGCAGAAACGGCGUACUACCCACUCCAUGCUUUGGCCGUGUCACUGGGGCAAAGCAGCCCCACGCAUUCCGCGGUCCAGCAAUUUGGCCCAGUUCACACCCUGGCCGUCCAGACCCAUCCUGGUCCAAGCAAUGCGACCGCUGCUUCGUCAAAGCAAUACGGUCAGAGUAAUCCGACCGUUUCACCAUUACAUGCGUCGUUAUUGCCGUCAGGCUCCCAUCUUCAAUACGGUUUGGUCGUUCCAACAACAACACAUACGCACCCCAGUCAAACCUACGACGCUUAUCUAGUACCGCCCAGCUUGGUCGCAACGGCCGAACCCCCCAUUCAGGUGGCCCAGCAGGUAAGGCCGCAGAACGAAGGGCAACAAGUUCCAAGGCUAGCCGCGGCCCAGCAAGAAGCGCCCCCUCAAGGGCUCCGAUUCGAAGACGUCCGGCGAAUGAUCGAGGACGGCCUGGCUCAGAGGCGCCCGGAAGCGCCAAGGUAUACCAAACCAUACCCGCCAGAAAUCGAUCGAACCCCUCUUCCCCAGAACUAUCGGUUGCCAGAAUUCAUCCUAUUCUCCAGGGAUGGGCAGACCUUUUCCAUUGAACACAUAGGCCGCUUCACGGCCCAGUGCGGAGAGGCCGAUUCGGACGCCCAGAGGCUCCGUUUAUUCGUUCACUCUUUGACUGGCGCGACGUUCUCGUUGUUCAUAAACCUUCCACCGAAUUCGGUGAGGGAUUGGUCUGACAUGGAAAUGAUAUUCCACGAACAUUUCUAUCAGACCAACCGGGAAAUAACGGUCGCCGAGCUGGCAUGGAUGAGCCAGGCGUCAGACGAAUCACCUCGCGACUACCUGUAUCGGUUCAAAACGUGCAGGAACUGGUGCCGCACGAACCUACCGGAGAGGGAAUUUGUCAAGAUGGCCGAAGAAGGAUUGGAAUUCGAAUACCGGAAGAAAUUCCAGGGAAUUGAAUUCCGGGACAUGCAUGACUUGAUCAACAAGGUGGACCGAUACGCAUCCCUGUUGAAAGAAGAGGUGCAGAAGAGGACGGCUUCAAAAGGGACUUACUAUCAGAAUCCCGUUGUCAGCUAUGCCGAAGCAGACGGCCCUACAGAGGCCGAGAGCGACAAAGUUGAGAUGAGCUCAGCUGAAGUCAGCAUAGACAAGCCAUUCGUCUGCAAAUGA